CAUCAAAUGGAAUCCAUAUCGUUGCACUACUUUUUAAAUCUCACGUUAAUUGGCUCUAAAAAUAGUCUUGAUUUUUUUAUUAUUUUCCUUUCUUCUCUCUCUUUCGUCUUUCUCUUCUUUCUCUCUUUAUUUUCCUUUUUUCACACAAAAAAAUUUUCCCAUCUGUUUUCUCAUUUCGAAAAAGCCAAACAUGUCGUUAGAAGGAAGAGAUAUUAUAAUCGGUACAAAAUACAAAUUAGGAAGAAAGAUUGGUGCAGGUUCCUUUGGUGAAAUCUAUCUUGGAACAAAUAUAAUGAGUGGUGAAGAUAUUGCAGUCAAAUUGGAAAAUGUUCGAGCAGCUCAUCCACAACUAGAGUAUGAAGCAAGAGUAUAUAAGACACUAGCAGGUGGAGUCGGUAUACCCUUUGUACGAUGGUAUGGAAGAGAAGGAGAUUUUAAUGUACUCGUUAUGGAUCUAUUGGGUCCAUCUAUGGAGGAUUUAUUUAAUUAUUGUAAACGCCGUUUCUCUUUAAAGACAGUAUUAUUAUUAGCUGAUCAAUUGUUGUCACGCGUAGAAUAUGUUCAUUCAAAGGGCUUCAUUCAUCGAGAUAUCAAACCUGAUAAUUUCUUAAUGGGUAUUGGUAAAAGAGGAAACCAAGUGAAUAUGAUUGAUUUUGGGUUAGCAAAAAGAUUCAGAGACCCAAAAAGCAAUGUACAUAUACCCUACAGAGAGAAUAAAAACUUGACCGGUACUCCACGUUAUGCUAGUGUAAAUACUCAUUUGGGAAUAGAACAAUCAAGGCGUGAUGAUCUUGAAUCAUUAGGUUAUAUCCUUGUAUAUUUUUGUAGAGGACAAUUACCCUGGCAAGGUAUUAGAGCAAGAACAAAGAAAGAGAAAUACGAUAAGAUCAUGGAAAAGAAAAUGACGACGCCUGCCGACGCAUUAUGUCGUGGUCUUCAUCAAGAGUUUGCAAUAUAUCUCAACUAUGUACGAUCACUUCGAUUUGAUGAUAAGCCUGACUAUUCUUAUCUUCGUAAACUAUUUCGAGAUUUAUUUGUUCGUGAAGGGUUUCAAUAUGAUUAUGUAUUUGAUUGGACAAUUCGCAAAAUGGUAAGUCUUUAUAUAACACCUACUCCUACUUUCACUCCUUAUUAA